AUGUCGGAAUCCAUUCUCCUGCAACAUAGAAAGUCUUCCUCCAAAGAUGUCCUUCUCGAGCCGCUGACCAGGAGCCAGUCAGUGCCGCUACUGCCCAGAGAGGAUGUGUUCACACACUACACCACACCGGUGGCUGGAGUGCCCUCGCUGCUGUUCUUCUGUCUGCAAGUGACUCGCGACUUCCUGUCAUUUGUCAUCAGGGCUGGUCUGAGCACCAUGAUGUUUGUGAUGAACCUGCUGCUUCGGCUGGUUCUCUUCAUCACAGAAAUCUGGCUCAAUAUACCAGGGAGCUUUCUCGUUACGGCCGUUGUUCGAUUCGCUAUGUGGAGUUUUCAGAUCUUACUGUGGGCCACCUACACGGCUGUGGAACUACUGUUCUACCUGCCGACCCCCUUGUUGGUCGUCUACCUGGUGAUCAUUGCCUCGCUCUACUACACGAUGCCUGGGGCCGUGGAGGCGUUGUUGCACAGCGUGUGGUGGAUGGUGGAGCACUUCUUCAAGUUUCUGGCCUACUUCGCUUACACGAACUCUGGGAAAUCAUAG